GAUGAUUAGGGUUAGAAUGUCCGAUGAGCACACCUUCUAUUUUCUCUCUGUAAAAUGAGGAACCUCAAGAAAUCCCGAGAAGGGGAUGCAGAUGAUUCGUCUUCAAUCAGUCGUUUACCAGAUGAAAUUAUCCUCCAAAUAUUAAACAAACUAAUCGAUUUGAAAACCCUAUGCUUUUCCUAUCUGGUUUCCAGACGUUUCUCCUCGAUUGUACUUCAAGUCGAUGCCAUUACCAUUUCCUUCACUGCUCCUCUCGUAAAUCCUUCCAUUCCCGAUAAGAACACAGUCGCUGAUGUUGCCCCGCCUCUGCCUAAACUUUAUUCGUAUUACGGUGAGUCCUUUGUAUCUGCCAGUAACUUUUUGAGAAAGUUUAAAGGAGUGAAGUUGUUAUGUAUCGAACUUCCGCCUUCCCAUCGCAUAGCUAUUGGUAAUCGUUUUUUCGUCAAGUGGAAGGUUAAGUUUGGUAGCAGAGUCGAAUCGUUUAUAUUUCUGUCUCCGAAUUCAGUUUGUGAUAAGGAUGGAUUCUAUCUUUAUGGAAAUGGGGAUGACGAAGAAGAUAUCGAGUUAACAAUUGAUUCGAUUAAGCAAAAACGUCAUAUUUCGUUUCAGUGUCUGAGGGAGGCGAAUCUUUGGCAUAUGAUGUUGUUGGACUGCGCUAAUGGUUUCCCAAAGCUGGAGGAUGUCUCUAUUAUCGGUUCAGGGAGAAGAGAGAGGCUUUCUCUGAGUGGGGAAAAACUCAUUGAGGUGAAGGAAUGGUUACAUUCAGCUUCGAAAAGUGAGUUGGAAACUGAGUUAGCUCGUGUAGACGUUCUUGCUAGAGUGAGUGAGUGUUACAUUCCCGUUUUGAAGUUGCCUGUUUCAGGGUACGUGAUGAAGGGGGUAUUGUUAUGGUAAUGGGGAUGAAUAAUCUCCAAGUUGGAAAUGAUUUUCUUAUGAACAGUGAAGAUGGUAGUUUUGAAGACAAAGAAGAGGCUGCAUUAUACACUGAAGCUGUGAAGGAGAUUUUGGAGAAGCAUAAGGGUAUGAUGCUUACCAUUGUGCAUUCUGUAUGAAUCAGGUCCAUACUCUGAACCUCAUAACAAGGUACUGAUGCAAGUUCAAGUAACAACUAACAAGGGAAGGGAACAUAUUAGGUGUAGACUGGUAGAUAUUAAUUGAUAGAAAAAGAUAGAUAUGAUGGAAUCUUUAAAACAAGUAUUGAGAUGGAGUUACUUUUGAAGCAGAAUUAUCCCUAGAAAAGUAGUAACAUGUUUUGGUAUGCAAGUGAAACAAAUCACUACUACAUAACAUCUAUAUUUUGUAAAUCUAUAUAUAGUGAAGCUUGUUCAUCUGUUCUUA